AUGGCAGUCCACCAACCAUCGAGCAUUCACGCCAAACGUAGAAGCAUUUCUUUGUUAAUCCAACCUAUCAACAACAUUCAGCCAGCCAUGACAGUAGAAGCACUAGCACUGGAGAAGCUUGGCCGUUCUGUGGACAUGAACAUCUUCCAGGAACUACUUGACCUCGAUUCGCCAUCUGAGAUGUUCAGUAAGGAUGUUGUGAGCGAGUAUCUAGUCAUGGCUCCGGAGACGUUGGCCACAAUGAAGGAAAGCCUGUAUGUUUCGAUCUUCGUCUCUGUAUCACAAACCCUUACUGACUUCCUCGUAGUNACACACAUAAAUCUUUCGCAACUCAACACAAGCACACAAUCACUUCGCUGCGCGUCAAUGGUAUUGGGCCUUACACGAAUCGAAAAGGCAUGUGCUCGCAUCGAGAGUGUUCUGGCAUACGGCGUCGACCUCCACUACACAGGGAUCGGCCUUGGUCAGAUCUGUGAGAUUCUCAGCUUUGUCGUCAAGGAUGCACAUGCACAUUUCGAGUUGGCAAAGAUGGCCUUCUCGUCAUUCUACAACUUGCCAUUACAAUCGCCACGAGAAGACGUUUCUGAUGCCUCGAGUGCAAGCAUCCGUCGAUGA